AUGGUAGAGUAUGCAUCUAAAAGAUUCUCAGGUAAAGCAGAUGAAGAUAUAGAUGAAUUUAUAAAAGAUUACAGAAUUUAUCUUACAGUAGUCAACAUCACUACUGCUAAUGUAGGUGGUAAAAAAUGUCGAUUGAAUCAUGUAAGAUAUGAGAAUGCUUUAGCAAAUAUAGCUACUAUAGUAGCCUUAAAUAAUGCUAAUAUAACGGCUACUAUUAUUAAUGCAUCAGAUGGUAUACUAUUACCAACAUUACCAGUUAAAGCUACUAGUAUCACAGUUAUUCUAGUACAUAAUGUUCAUAUAGAUGAGGAUUGGUCUCUUACUAGAGGGUAUCAUGUAGACGCUGAUACAGCAACUAAUGCACCAAAUGGAGUUUUAAAUAAUAAUAACCAUAUACUGUAUUGCGGGGGCCAUAGUACCUCAGAUAUGAUACAUAUUAAGAGGAGUUGGAGGCUAUACCUAGAAUACAUUAUAAGGGGAGAUACAGUACAG